CAUCAACAACCGCUUUAUCCGCACAACAAUGACUGCUCCUAUCAAGAGCACAAGUCCACUAAUUCCUGAGACCCAAAUAUGCUAUGGGCCCACUCCAUCUAUCAGUGAGGAUCUGCCUGAGGAGGCGGACCUGAUCCAAACCAGAACACUGAUAGAGAGUCUGAAGUCAUAUGGAGUCUUUGAGGACGACCUGGAGCUGCAACACAGGGAGAAGGUGGUGAAACGCCUGGAGUCACUCUAUAAGGAAUGGCUCAAAGAAAUCUGUGUACAAAUGAACCUUCCUAAAUACGUGACAGAAAUGGUCGGAGGAAAGAUCUUAACAUUCGGCUCUUACCACCUGGGAGUCCACGCAAAAGGUGCUGAUAUCGACGCCCUCUGUGUCGGACCCGGAUUUCUGGAGAGGAAGACCUUCUUCACCUCCUUCUUUGAGAAACUCAAAGCUCAGAAGGAAGUCAAAGACAUAUGGGCCAUCGAAGAGACUUUCGUCCCGUUAAUCACAAUGAUUUAUGAUGGAAUUGAGAUUGACUUAGUGUUUGCCCAGUUGCAGUGUAAAAGCAUCUCUGACAGCCUGGACCUUCUGAAUAACAGCUGGUUGAGGGGCCUCGACAAACACUGCGUCAGAAGUCUCAAUGGCUACAGAGUCACAGAGGAGAUCCUCCGGGCUGUGCCAAACAUCUACAACUUCAGGCUCGCCCUGAGAGCCAUUAAGCUGUGGGCCAAACGCCGUAACAUUUACUCCAACAUGCUGGGCUUCCUGGGCGGCGUGUCCUGGGCCAUUAUGGUUGCUAGAGUUUGUCAGCUUUACCCAAACGCUACGGCGUCCACUCUGGUGAUAAAAUUCUUCCUCGCCUUCGAUUUAUGGGAGUCGCCAACCCCCAUUAACUUAAAGAGACCAGAGACCUGUGACUUCAAUCUGCCUGUGUGGCAUCCCAGGGUGAAUCCAAGUGAUCGCUGCCACCUGAUGCCGAUCAUCACCCCGGCUUACCCGGAGCAGAACAGCGCUGCCAACUUGUCUGCCUCCACCUUCGCCAUCAUUAAGGAGGAGAUCAAACGGGGCCGUGUCAUCACUGAAGAAAUACAGCAGAAUAAAGCAGACUGGUCCAAACUUUUUGAAACAGCAAACUUUUUUAAGUACACGCAUUACAUAGUGCUGCAAGCUUCUUCAGCUACAGAGAAGCAGCACCUGGAAUGGGUCGGCCUGGUGGAGUCUAAAAUCCGCCUCCUGGUGGGAACUCUGGAGAGAAACGUCGAGAUUUCACGAGCCCACGUUCACCUGCAGUCCUUCCCUGUACCCAGAAACGCUGAAGAGGGAAUCAACACAAGAUGGCUGAUUGGACUCAUUUUUAAUACGGACGGGUCCAGAGACCAGAAUAUAGACCUGACCCUCAACUUCCUGUCCUUCAGCGACACUAUGUACAGUCUGGCAGAGAGCUGUAAGGUGUAUGAAGAGGGGAUGACUUUGUCGGCCAGAUGUGUGACCAGGGACAGUCUCAGUGUGAUGAUCCCUGAUGGAGAACACAGACUGGUCUUCAGUCCAGAACCAGAGCCCACAGCGAGCUGUCUGAUCCCUGCCACUGUAGCAGCUGGUCAAACAGCCACAAAGAGGAAAGGCUGCUCUGACUCUGAGACGCCGGCCAAGAAGAUCAGAACCGACAAGGAAUCAGUGUGUGUGUCUAGCGUCUCACCUCUCCAGUCAUCCACGUCCAGCAGACCUGCGUCCCCCUCCCUGAGCCCACGGGCCACCGAGAGACCUCAUUCUGCUCAAACAGAAACUUCUUCCAAGAAGUUUGAAUCUGAUGAGGAGCCUCCUGAACCGAGCUGCUCUGACUCCUCUGCAGGAGUCUCCCUCAGUCAGAGUCCGUCUCAGAGUGUGAGCACCAAGAGAGCGCUCACUCCAGAGCCUGAGACUCCCAGCAAGAGAGUCAAAACUGAGCUGGCUCCGCCCACUGUCGAGCUGUCCGACGUGUCUCUCUGUCCCACCAAACCUGCUGCGGUGGUGAAACGGGCCAUCAAGAUUCAGCUGAUCAGCAGGCGAAAUUAAUUCUGACCAAAAAAAACCCUGCAUCUUCACAUCCUGCACAGACCUUACUGUUUUUCGUUUUUUCUGGGCUGAAGAGUCACAACCCAGAAUGAUUGUGUUUAUCCUGCAUUUUAUCUGUAACUCUACUUUAUGAAACUAACCUUAUCUGUCCAUUUCAUUUGCAAAAAAUAUGUGAACAAAAAUCUGUUCUACUGUUUUCCUUUGAGUGCUCAAAAACACUUUAGUGCACUUUAAAGCUAACACCAUUAUGUGGGCCUUUUGCAUAUAAAUGAAGCCCAUUUCU